GUGAUCAUCUUACGCAAUAACGGUCAUGGCGGAAUUAUAAGAGUUUGUAUGGGAAUAUUUACGACCGCUCUAAGGAAUAAAAAAUACGUCAAAAGGAAAGGGCUUUUCUUAUGUACGUUGAAAACCUCGAAAUGAACAACUCGCUCAAAUGGGCUCUUUUGAUCAAAGUAAGCGGUCAGAUAACAAGCAAUACGCUGUGGAAGCGAGGUGAGGUAUUUUUUUUUGAGAAUUUGACGUAUUUUUUUAUUCCUUAGAGCGGUCGUAAAUAUUCCCAUACAAACUCUUAUAAUUCCGCCAUGACCGUUAUUGCGUAAGAUAAUCAUCUCACAGCUGGAGCUUAGGCCGCCUGUGAUAAGACCCGCAAAACAGAAUAGAAACGAACAGGCGCUUCGUUUUCGCUCAUGACUUCGUAUUAGCCGUAAGAUAUUUGCUUUUUUUUUUCGUUGCUUACCUUUAUUACAGACUCCACAAAAUUUCUGCGAGGCCUCCUUUUCACGGAUGGCCGAUUACAACUACAACAUAGUAACACCUCUACGAAAUCUGUCAAAACUGAAAAAAACUGAUUCUCAGAACUUCCCGUUAAUUGUUUAUUAAGAUAAUCGUCGAAGUGAAAUAUAUCUAUGUAGUAAUUUUUAUCUAUGUAGAAGUCAGCUAAAAGAAUUUUUAAAAUGUAUUCCUGAGAAACUUUUUCUUGUAGAUCUUUCCCUAAGUACGCUCUUGCGUUUAGAAUUAAAAAUCCUCAUCUAAAUAUUGUAAAAAUAUUAUCGUUGAAUAUUUUCAAUGAUGAUCAUGGCACAACGCAGAUAGAGAAAAUGUAAUAAGUGAGACAAGUCACGGAUUAUCCUUGUCGGUAAAAGUAAUAUCGCCUGCUACAUUAUAAUCAAACUUAAUCUCCGUCCAAUCGAGGUAAUGUACAAUUUUUUUUAUCAAUUACCAUAUUAGAAAUAACAAUAUAUCGCUUAAACUCUGAACGUAUAUGCGUUAAUUUUAUUUCAUCAGAAAUCCAAAGGUUUCCGGUGUUUUAAAAUCCUCCUUUUGACAGAUUUCGUGAAGAUGUCAUUAUGUUGUAGUUGUGAUCGGCCAUCCGUGAAAAGGAGGCGUCAAAUGUAUUUUGUGGAAUCUGUUAUAGAGGUUAGCAACGGAAAAAAAUGCAAAUAUCUUAACGCUAAUACAAAGUCAUGAGCGAAAACGAAGUAAGUGUUCCUUUCUACUCUAUUUUGCGGCUCUAAAAUGCGAAAUAGGGCCUUCAUCACGAAGACAUCGGAUUUCGCCAUCUGAAAUCUACCCGAGAUGACCUCUGUUGUUUUAACAUCCUCCUUUUGACAGAUUUCGUGGAGGUGUCACUAUGUUGUAGUUGUAAUCGGCCAUCCGUGAAAAGGAGGCAUCGCAACAAUUUUUUUUGGAGUCUGUAAUAUAGGUAAGCAACGGAAAAAAAUGCAAAUAUCUUGACGCUAAUACGAAGUCAUGAGCGAAAACGAAGCACAUGUUCGUUUCUACUCUGUUUUGCGGGUCUAAUAUGCUAAAUAGGGCCUUCAUCACGAAGACAACAUCGGGCGAGCUCGGAUUUCGUAAUUGGAAAUCUACCCGAGAUGACCUCCUUCUGACGGAUGUCGGAGUACGCUUUCCGUCCUACUGAGCCAUGCGUAAACAAGAUGAAGUGAGAAUAUUUUUGCAAGUUCUCCGCAGUCUGUCUUCUCCAAUUGCACCGUGCACAGAAGCGUAAACAUUAUUUUGAACAAUCAAAACCCUUGCUAACUUCGGGUCUUUGACUUUUAAACAAUUUUUAGUGACACGAGUUCAUUUGGCUUUGAUUUUCUCCCUUUUCCCCGUAAAUUUUGAGCUUUCCAUUCACAGUUAUCGGUUAACUGGAUCAGAUGUUCUCGCUCAAACCAAAGUUACUAUAUACAAUUGUUACUAUAAAUCGUAACAAAUACUAUUAUAGUAACAAUUUUGAGCAUAAUAGCGGAAAAACCGUUACACUUAAGAGACUUAUCUCAUGCAAAAAGUACAGUAACGUUGGAUGUGUCACAUUUCGGUUUUAAAAAUGGAGGUGAAUUGAUUAUUCCAGAAACAGGUUUUUCUUAGGUUUUUUUCAAAGACAGCUGCAAGGCGUCUGCAAUUACUUUAAAUCUGAAGCUAACAAAUAAAAAUAUCACAAACCGUUCUAGAAUUGUUAAUUUUGAAGAUACACGGGGUCGUUGGAUUGAUAUAUCUUUGUCUCAGGUUGUCGGCUUACCAAAGGGAGCAUCCGUAACGCUGGAUAUGAGCACCGAUUUAUUCAUCAUUUUUGACUUUAGACUGUAAAAUUAUAUUUUCAAGUGAUUGAUUAAAAUAAUUGAAUUCCACUCCCACCCACCUCCCAGGGUUUAAAUUCAUUCAAUUCACUUCAAUGGACAUUUUGCUUUGACGUCGCAUUCUCAAGCGCAAAAUAAAUGUUAAAAAAUUUUAUGAGAGCUGCAUCAAAGAGUAGACACAAACAGUGGAACCUAUAAAAGUGGACACCCAUGGAACGCUCGCUACCUUCCGUUUUUCUAUAAAAGAGUGAAUGGCGCAUUUGUAGUGGGUCUUUAAAUCCCAGAGGGAACAGUGAAAGUAACGUGCUAUUUGUACACAUUUUUUUAUCAUUUUCUUUUUUUUUAAUUUGUCAGCUUUUGCUUUAAAAUGUUAUGCCUGCGUGGAUACUGAAGAGGAUUGUAAGAAGAGCAAGUUGGAAGAAAACAAAGUCAACUUUUUAUACCCGUGUUCAGCUGACGUCGGCGAUAGAUGCUUCAGGUCUUGGUAUAAAAGGAAAAAUUACGAUGCCAUGGUUGCAAUUGGAUGUGCUAAGCAAUCGUUCUGUGACACCCUAAAGUCCGCUUGUGAUAUAGCGAAAGAUGAUCCGGACUACCAAUGCGAGGUUAGCUGCUGUUCUGAGGACGGAUGUAACGCAAGCUCAUAUUUCACUGCCAACAUCAUCCUGUUGGCUGUUUCCUCUGUCCUGGGUCUAGCACUGCAGAAGUAAGCCGUGGAAGGCUUUACAAGUCUACUUUUCAUUUCGCUUAUUGCUCGUUUAAACUUAUUUCAUACUUAGUUGGCGUGGUCACCUAAAGUUUUAGAUGCACUUAGUUUUCAGAACAGUUGGAGCGGCGGAAUCUCCCGUCCGCGUUUAGCACUGCUAGCAAUUGUUACUACUUUUAAAUCGUUUUGCUGGUUUUCAUUUUUUGUUUUUCCAUUAA